AUGCUUCUAUAUAUUGUUAUUUUCCAUUUUCCAAGCACCUAUAAUCUAAUGCUGGUGGCCCCACUGGUGGACUUGGGUGCGGUGGGAGAAUUCAAGGACUCUCGUUUGGAAGCACCGGAUGCUUUAGUGCUGCAGUUAGUUCGCCUUGCCCUUUCCUGCACUGCCAUGCCUGCGUCCUCUCGCCCCUCUAUGCUCCACGUGCUGGGCGAGCUGGUGAACAUGCAGCAGGAGAUGCUUGAGUUGCAGAUGAGCACGCCAUUUUCUUCCACGGACAAGGAAACUGAAGUUCGACCAUCAAGGCAGGGGGGGGGGGAACGAAGACUUCCCACGGUAUCGGAAUCUGGCGCCCCUCGAAAAACAACUGCGGGAACAGGCCCAGGAGGGGAGGUGGCACGGGAUCAAGCACCGGUAACACCAACGGCACCGGAGAGGGUGGGUACUAAGGACCUGGCUGGAGUGGCUGCGGGUGGGGCGGUGGGAACGGCGGCACCUAAUGCUGUGGCGGAUGCGGGGCUGUCUGUCGGGACUCCCGCUGCCUCUGGCGGCGCCUCAAUUACACCCUCUGCCAUUACCCCGGUUGCUCUGCUGCUGGAUACGGAGCGGGGACUGGCGGCGGAGCGGGGACAGGCAGUGCAGACGGCAGUGGCUGUGCCACCGGUCAUGUGGAGGGAGGAGAAGCUGCCAGCGACGGAUGUGCCUUCGCCGUUUGACCUGGCUGGCGAUGACGCCAUCUGCCACAUGGCGGGUGGUUGGAAUGUGGACGUCCUUCGGAGGGGAGAUCAGCCGUUCCUUGUGCACUGCUUAACCCCACAACUUCUGGAUCACUGUUUGGCAAUUCAAUCGGCUCUUCUGAGUGCCGCUGUGAUAAUGCCAGAAGUUGCUGUUGUCGCCUACACGGACGACAUCACCAUUUUCAGCCCGCAAGAAGCAGCAUGUCGGGCCUUUGGCAAGAUCGCCAGGGAACUCGUCGAAUGUGGGCUACGUUGCAAUGUCUCUAAGCCAUCUGCAUGGAGUGCUACAACCGAUGGAGAGAAUGAGGAGCUACCGCUAGGCUUAGCUUCCAACCCAGGCGCGACCAUCGGAAUGUAUCACUCACAGCUACCCUGGGAGCGCAAGAGGGAUAAGGCGGCGGCAGUGCACCCACCAACCGAGAGAUCAGCGGCAAAGGGGGCGUUAGCACGAGUCAUGCUGAGGGAGAUUCAGGAGCACGAUGAGCUGCAGCAUGAACAAGGGCAUCCGCUGGAGAGGCGGUGGGUCUACUCGUGGGAAGAGGAGGAUGAGAGACCAGCGGUCUAUGCAGAGCAAGCCGACAUUUGGCUCCUAGGGGAUCGAGCGGAAAAAGCGGUGGAUAAGAAGCGUGAGGACUUCAGCGGGCUAGAAGAAGCGAUCGAAAGGCAGAGGAGCAGGGAAAGCUACGAGCAGGAAUUUGGGUCUGGGGACAUCGCGCUCAUGGCAGCAACCAAGGAGAAGGAACAUGCACAAGAAGAAACGCAGGAAGCAGGGGAGGAGGAGGGCGCAAAAGGGGCGCCGCGUAAGAUUGCGAGGUUGGAGGAAGUGGAGCAGCCGAAGCAGGAGCCAAAGGAGCCCUCACGGAAGUAA